AAAAGAUGUGUCAGGAUAAGGAUAAUGUAUAUGUAUGAUAGGUGGAUCUUGUCUUUAGUUAGUUAAUAACUUCUCUCUUCAAAUUCAUCAAUUGUUUCUUCUUCUCCCUCUUCCUCCCAAGCUUCCAUCAUAUCAUAGUUUUCAAAAAUCAACCAUGCCCCUGAAAUCUUCAACUGCAUUUGCAUUUUCCUUAACCUUUUUCCUCUUAAUUGCAAAUUCACUCACUCUCCAAACCCCAUGCUACAAGAACCCUUACAAACAAUUCAACCUCAUCCUUAACCCAAACGGCACAGUGACGCGCCCAAGCAAACCCCCAGAGAGCCCGCCCGCACUGGAUCCCACCCUCCUCGUACUCUCCAAAGACCUCACCAUCAACCAAUCAAAAGGCACGUGGGCGAGGAUCUACCUACCCCGCGAAGCACUGAAUCACGCCUCCAAACUCCCCCUUCUAGUUUUCUUCCAUGGUGGAGGUUUCAUUUUCCUCAGUGCAGCCUCAACCAUAUUCCACGACUUUUGCUUCAACAUGGCGAACGACGUCGUAGCCGUCGUCGCGUCCAUCGAGUACCGUCUCGCACCGGAACACAGGCUCCCCGCGGCGUACGAGGAUGCCGUGGAGGCGCUGCACUGGAUCAAAACCAGCCAAGCCGAUGAUUGGCUGAGAAGCUACGUCGACUAUUCCAAUGUUUUUCUCGUGGGGAGUAGUGCCGGGGGAAACAUCGCCUACAACGCAGGUCUACGUGCAGCUGCGGGUGAUGAUCUGGCGCCUGAGAUCAAAGGGCUUAUAUUGGUUCAACCGUUUUUCAGUGGGACCCGCAGGACCGGUUCGGAACUGAGGCUGGCGAAUGAACCUCAUUUGGCGUUGUGUUACAAUGAUGCGUUGUGGAAGUUGUCGUUACCCGUUGGGGUUAACCGUGAUCACGAGUUUUGCAAUCCAACGGCGGGGAAUGGUCCUGCCAGAUUGGAGAUGAUCAGACGGCUUGGAUGGUGGGUACUGGUUACCGGCUGUGGCGGUGACCCACUUGUGGAUCGACAGGUGCAGCUAGUGAGAUUGAUGCAAAGUAAGGGUGUGAGAGUUGUGGGACAUUUUACUCCCGGAGCUUAUCAUGGGAUUCAAGAUAGUGAGCCAUUAAAGGCAAAGGAGUUAUAUGGGGUAAUCAAAACUUUUAUUCAUGCUUUGUCUGCUCAACAAUAAUGCUCUAUUUCACACCAUUUUUAUUUUUAUCUUUUUUUCAUGUUGGUCAAGUUUGUUGCAGAAUAUCUCAGUCUUGUUUUGGCUCAUUUGCAGUCCCUUGUUUGUUUUUUCAAUAAAGAACUUCGAAUUUAUUUAUUGUACAA